ACAUUCACCUUACCCCAGGUGGGAACGGUUUUCCUUAUCAUUUAGUCCAGGAGAGUUAACAAACUGGAAAUACUGGUGGAGCAGAAGCAACCUUUGGCCACGGCUGCCUUCUACCAUUACAUGUAGAUGUUGUAUGAUACAACAUGAAUUGACUGAGGUUUGGACUACCUAAACCUGCCUAUCUGCCUGCAUGAGUAUGACACAACAAGAGUUGACCGAGGAGGGAUUACUGAAACCUUCCUAUCUGCCUGGCAGCCAUCCCCAGCUAGAUAGAUAUCCAACAUGGUGGAAGAUGGCACUAAGAAAGGCGGAAGAAGUAAAGAGAUGGCGGAAGGCAGGAGAUACUGCGGGUGGUCACGUUUCCGUUGCUGUUUCCUCAUCCUGCUCCUCAUAGCAACGGUCUUCUUCUACUUCGGCGAUCGGUCAGUAGAGUGGGUCCCUUCACUAGACAGGGCCUCAAAAUGGUGGGCAGAAUUCCGUGGUGGUUCAGCCAGCAGAUCUGGUUCUACCAAGACCAGUAACGAAGUAGUUUCUCUCAACUCCACUGAUUUUACCAUAGACGCUCAUGAAACUGCAUCUGCCAAUUCAACAGAUCAUCAGACUUCACUUAUCAACUCUACUCAACAGGCCAUCAAACUCAACCCAACACAUAAUGAAACUAGUUCCAUCACGUCUGCACUGACCAUCAUCACUAAUCUGAUCACAGAGGUCAAGGCAGAUCUGGCCACUCCUCCUCCGUAUCUGUCCCCAGGACCGUACCAUGUAGAAUACCCAUCAGAGUACAUCUUCAUCCUGGAUGAGCCAGAGAAAUGCCGGGAGCAGAACCCCUUCCUGGUUCUGAUGGUGCCAGUGGCGCCCUAUAACAUGGAGGCUCGUGAGGCCGUCCGCAGUACUUGGGGCAGUGAGAGGCAGGUACUGGGCAAAGAGGUCCGUCUGUUCUUCCUGCUGGGACUGCCCAGUGGAAAGGAGACAGAGCAGCUCCAGGAGAAGGUGCUGCAGGAGAGCAAAGAGCACCAGGAUCUGCUGCAGAGUGACUUCAUAGACAGCUACAAAAACCUGACCAUCAAGACCAUGGUGAUGAUGGAGUGGCUGAGCUCUCGCUGCCCCAAUGCCUCCUACGCAAUGAAGAUCGACUCAGACAUGUUCCUCAACGUGAACACCUUGGUCAACAUGCUGCUUCACGCUCCAACGCAGAACUGCCAGACUGGACUAGUGGCCCAAUGGGGCGCCGUUCUAAGAGACCCUAACUCCAAAUGGUACCUCCCAAAUGAGGUGUUUCCUGAACAGGUAUAUCCACCUUAUGCUCUGGGCCUGGGCUAUGUCUUCACCUUAGACCUCCCCAGGAAGCUGGUGGAGGCGUCCAGGCAUCUUAAAGCCAUCUACAUAGAGGAUGUGUAUCUGGGACGGUGUAUGAGACACCUGGGCAUCCGGCCUACUAACCCCCCCAAUGGAAACCUUUUCCAGGUUUUCCCUGUGGCUUAUGACCGCUGCACCUACUCACGACUGAUAGCCACCACCACAUACAGUAUCACUCACCAGGUCAACGCAUGGAGAGACCUACACAAACCUGGUCCUACCUGCUGAUCCCAUACAGUAUCACUCACCAGGUCAACGCAUGGAAAGACCUACACAAACCUGGUCCUACCUGCUGAUCCCAUACACUAACAAACUGACUGAUGUACCAAUCACUUCCUUGUUUUUGUUCUUGCCAACGAUGUAAAUCUGGUGAAUUUGUAAUGCAUUUCCACUUUGAUUAAAACGUUUAAUGAUCAUGAGGAUGUUACUGAAUUUGGAUUAGACACACUUCCAGUCUUAUAUCCUUUGUGGUGCUGGGAGUUACUGCCCCCCCCAAAAAAAUGUACAUUGAAGAACAAGUUAUUGUACCGAAACGUGACCACAAGAAAUGUGCAGAGGUACAAUUUUGUGUGUGUGUGUUAUUUUUCUACUUUAUUUGAAUAAAAUGUUUUCUUUCACG